AGUCAUAGGAUAAUAAUAUAAAAUGAUUUGGCUUAUAUAAAAGGCAUGUUUAACCGUGUAAAGUUGUAAAAGUUUUUGAAGAUACAGCAAAACAAGAUGGCAUUAAAAUGGUUUUAUGUCGCCAUAGUAACAUGGACGUUGUCUGCAAACUACAGCUGUAUUGCUAAAAUCGUUCGCAUGCCCCAGCAACCAUCAAUACAAACGCUGGGUCUGACUGUUAAACCUUUGAAUCAAAGCUUCUCCGCGUAUGUUCUUGUUUUCCUUGGACCUUCCGAUACAGAGACUGAAUUCAACGGCGACACUCUGGAAGUCACCAAAGAUGUAGAUGAAUUUAAAGCCUUAAUGGUGAAUUAUAACGACAACAUGAACAGGAGGAUAACCUUAAGGUCGAAAUCAAAAGGAGAAACCAUUUCAAUGUACCCAAACUUUAACUACAACCUCCUUACUAAAACAAGCUUUAUUGAAAACACCUGCUACGUCCAGAUAGAAAAGGAUGCAAUGGGAGAACGAACAAAAUAUACAGCUACAGUAUCAUCAUUUGCAGACAGAGAGGACUUGGGGAAUUUGUCCAUGUAUUUUAUUGCAUACAUACGCGAUAAAUCACGCAUUGUAGAACUAACGACACGCCAUCUGAAUGAAACUGAAAAUGAAAAUGUUGUCAGUUAUUACAAAUACCUCGACACUUACCAUUCAGUACGUAAAACUGACAGUUACAAUGAAUACUAUGCCAUUCUGAACUAUCCUGCAAUCGAAGCGGAUGGUAUCACUGUCCAAAGUUUUGGCUUUGUUUUGUAUGUUUCAAGCUCAGAUUAUUAUGGAAACGACAUGACGAUAAAUCGCAGUUGGUAUUAUAAGAUCAUCUAAAAGCAUAAUUUAGAAGCUGUUUAAUACCAGUACCUAUACGUUUGAAAUACUUCAGAUCACUGUGUUUUUCUCUCUUGUGGUAGUAGAUUGAUUCAGAUCUUUUUUGGGAAUUGAUUUUAUUCAACUCUCCUAUGCAGUUACUCUGGCAAACCGGAAGUGAAAUGUGUUUGGACCGAGACAUACUAAAGACCUGAAAUACUAAAGACCUGAAUGGCCUAAAACUUUAUAUAAACGAUAUACUUUUAUGUUUUGUGUCAAACAAAAUGACUUUGUGUGUGUUAUUAUUUCCUUAUAAAAUGUUGUAGAAAAAUAUCACGAAAUGACAUCCAUAUGAAUUAUUUACGCAAAAAUAUGAAAGAUUUGAAAAUUUGAAUUGAC